AGUGCCGUCGCUUCGCUUGCCUCUGACAAAAAUGUCUGGGAUGCUGUGAUGCAAAAUGAGAAAGUCAUGGAGUUCUUCCAAACUCAGCAGACCAGUGCCCUUUCCCAUGACAUGGAUGUGAAUGACAAGGAAUCAGCGGCAUAUAAUGAAUUUAAUGACCGGGAAUCAAUAAAGAAAAUGGAUUAUGAGUCUGAUGGGGAAUCUUCUGGAAGCUCUGCAAGCAGGUUCAUGGGCUUCAUGGAAAACAUCAAGUUUACAGCAACAGAGAUGGUGAAGAAUGUGUCUGAUUUCAUCCAGAGCCUCUUUGGUGGUCUUGGUGCAGGAAAUGCGUCUGCAGAUGAGAAGGGCAGCGCCAGCAGUGGAGUGCCCAUGGACAAGGUAAUGGGAGCAUCCUUCAUGGGAUUGGCCGUCUUAGCGAUUAUGGUGGUGGUGCUGAAGCGUGGGUAGAUACUACUUGCUUAUAAAUUAGCCGACAUUACAUGUAUAAUCUCUUUUCCAGACUGACUUGCUCUAAAAUGCUCUCUCUGUUGCCUGUUGGGUAGUUGAUUCCUGCAGUUUUCGAUUUAUCCUACAAUACACAUAUACAAUACAUGUUUAUAGUCAAUGAUGUAAAUGUUUAUUUAAGCCUUCCUAAUUGUCGUUAUGAUUCAUGGAUUUAUUAGAUCUGAAUACUCCUUCUAGCUA